CGCCAUGGUGCUGGAGUCGGUGGUCGCUGACUUGCUGAACCGCUUCCUAGGGGACUACGUGGAGAACCUGAACAAGUCCCAGCUAAAGCUGGGGAUCUGGGGCGGAAAUGUGGCUUUAGAUAAUCUCCAGAUAAAAGAAAAUGCUCUGAGUGAAUUGGACGUUCCUUUCAAAGUCAAGGCUGGCCAGAUUGAUAAAUUAACUUUGAAGAUUCCCUGGAAAAACCUUUAUGGAGAAGCAGUUGUUGCCACCCUAGAAGGAUUAUAUCUGCUUGUGGUUCCUGGAGCAAGUAUUAAGUAUGAUGCUGAGAAAGAAGAAAAAUCCUUGCAGGAUAUUAAACAGAAAGAACUUUGCCGAAUUGAAGAAGCCCUUCAAAAAGCAGCAGAGAAAGAUAAGCCCAAAGAAGCAAAAAAGGACACAUUUCUGGAGAAAUUGGCAACUCAAGUAAUAAAAAAUGUUCAAGUGAAAAUUACAGACAUUCACAUUAAAUAUGAAGAUGAUGUCACCGAUCCAGAAAGGCCGCUUUCAUUUGGUGUCACCCUGAGAGAAUUUAGUCUGUUGACGACUAAUGAACACUGGACUCCAUGCAUUUUAAAUGAGGCAGAAAAAAUCAUAUAUAAGCUUGUGAAGCUUGACAGUCUCAGUGCCUAUUGGAAUGUUGGCUGCUGCAUGUCUUACCGUGGAUCAAGGGAGCACAUCUUGAAUCAACUGAAACGUGAAAUUCUUACAAGUGCAAACAUUCCCCCAGACCAUCAGUACAUUUUCCAGCCAAUAUCAGCCUCUGCAAAACUCUACAUGAAUCCUGGUGCAGAAUCAGAGCUCAAAACACCCAAACUUGAUGGGAACAUAGAAGUACAGAAUAUUGCCAUUGAGCUGACGAAGCCUCAGUAUUUAAGUAUGAUUGACUUUUUGGAGUCACUGGAUUAUAUGGUUAGAAAUGUGCCAUACAGGAAGUACAAACCUUGCUUACCACUUCACACCAACUGUCGGCAAUGGUGGAAAUAUGCUAUUGAUUCCGUUCUUGAAGUUCACAUAAGAAGAUAUACUCAGCCAUGGUCAUGGAGUAACAUAAAAAAACACAGGCAGUUACUCAAGAGUUACAAAAUGGCUUACAAAAGCAAGUUAACACAAACCAAAGUCUCAGAAGAAAUACAGAAACAAAUUCAGGACUUGGAGAAAAGUCUAGAUGUUUUUAACAUAAUUUUAGUGAGACAACAAGCACAAGUUGAGGUCAUUCAUUCUGGGCAGAAAUUAAGGAAAAAGUCUGCAGAGGCAGGAGAGAAGCGUGGCUGGUUUAGUGGGUUCUGGGGAAAGAAAGAAUCCAAGAAGAGAGAUGAAGAAUCAUCAGUCCCUGAGACCAUCGAUGACCUUAUGACUUCAGAGGAGAAAGACAAACUCUUUACUGCCAUUGGGUACAGUGAGAACACCUACAACUAUGCUUUGCCCAAGCAGUAUGUGGCCCAUAUACUGACUCUGAAGUUGGUGAGCACCUCUAUUAUAAUUAGAGAAAACAGAAAUGUUCCAGAAAUCUUGAGAAUUCAGAUAAUUGGCUUGGGUACCCAACUAUCCCAGCGACCAGGAGCACAAGCGUUGAAGAUAGAAGCAAAAUUAGAACACUGGUAUGUCACAGGCUUGCGACAACAAGACAUCGUGCCAUCACUGGUGGCUUCCAUUGGUGACACUACAUCGUCCUUGCUCAAAAUUGAGUUUGAAACGAACCCUGAGAACAGUCCUGCUGACCAGACUCUGAUCGUUCAGUCACAGCCUGUGGAGGUCAUCUAUGAUGCUAAAACUAUCAAUGCUGUUGUUGAAUUCUUUCAGUCAAAUAAGGGGUUGGAUCUUGAGCAAAUUACAUCAGCUACAUUGAUGAAGCUGGAAGAGAUUAAAGAGAGAACAGCUACAGGACUUACACAUAUCAUUGAGACUCGGAAAGUUCUUGAUUUAAGGAUAAAUCUGAAGCCUUCUUAUCUAAUAAUUCCACAGACAGGUUUUCACCAUGAAAAGUCAAAUCUUCUCAUUUUAGAUUUUGGCACUUUUCAGCUCAACAGUAAAGAGCAAGGUGCACAGAAGACGACUAAUUCAUCCCUUGAAGAGAUAAUAGACAAGGCAUAUGACAAGUUUGAUGUGGAAAUAAAGAGUGUGCAGUUGCUCUUUGCAAAAGCAGAGGAAAAUUGGAAAAAGUGUAGAUUCCAGCAUCCAUCAACUAUGCAUAUACUGCAGCCAAUGGAUAUUCAUGUUGAGUUGGCCAAGGCAAUGGUGGAGAAGGAUGUUAGAAUGCCCAAAUUUAAAGUGUCAGGAGGACUGCCUUUGAUGCAUGUGAAGAUUUCUGACCAGAAGAUAAAAGAUUCGCUGUGUUUGAUUAACAGUAUACCCUUGCCACAGAAGUCAUCCACACAGUCUCCAGAGAGACAGGUAGCCUCGAUUCCUGUUCUUUCAGGCGGGACGAAAGGUCUUCUUGGGACUUCACUGUUGCUAGAUGGACUUGAAUCAGAGUCUGAUGAGGAGUACUUUGAUGCUGAGGACGGAGAUUCACAGGCUGCUAGAACUGUCAAAGCCUCAGAACUGAAAAAAGCUGCUGAAGUUCCAAAUGAGGAGCUGGUUAGUCUCCUACUCAAAUUUGAGAUUAAAGAGGUGGUUUUGGAACUCACUAGACAACAGGAAGAAGAAGAGACAAUUCUAGUGUUUAGUGUCACUCAGUUAGGCACAGACGUAACAAUGAGGACAUGUGACCUGACUGCGGUGUCCCAUUUGAGGAAAGUCAGCUUGGAUCACCAUAACAUUAAAGGAUCCAGAAAGAAGCCAAUUCACUUGAUUAGCUCUUCAGACAGACCUGGAUUAGAUCUUUUAAAAGUGGAGUACAUUAAGGUUGAUAGAAAUGGGCCUAGUUUUCAAACUACUUUUGAAAAAACUGAACAAACUGUCAAGGUGGCCUUUUCAUCUUUGAAUCUGUUGCUACAAACACAAGCUCUUCUGUCUUCUCUUAACUACUUGACAACCAUCAUCCCAUCAGACAGUCAGAACAUGGGUGUGGCCAAGGAGGUGCAGACCAUAACUGAGAAACAAAAGAACUCUCCCCUGCAGAAAGUGAUGGUGUCCUCCAGAGAUAGUGAUGUGAUUAGCUUCAGGCUGUUUGCCAAACUGAAUGCUUUCUGUGUCACUGUCUGUGAUGAGAAGAACAGUAUUGCUGAAAUCAAGAUACAAGGCCUUGAUUCUUCUCUUUCUCUUCAGUCAAAGAAGCAGUCACUUUUUGCCAGGCUGGAAAACAUUAUUGUCACAGAUGUUGAUCCCAAAACAGUUCAUAAGAAAGCUGUAUCUAUAGUUGGAAAUGAAGUUUUUCGGUUUAACCUGGAUUUGUAUCCAGAUGCUACUGAAGGGGACGCCUACACUGACAUGUCCACCGUGGAUGGUGUGGUGGCACUUCACGUCGGCUGUAUUCAGAUUGUCUACCUGCAUAAAUUCCUUCUAUCACUGCUGAGCUUCCUGAACAAUUUCCAGGUGGCCAAAGAGGCACUGAGUGCAGCCACUGCCCAGGCUGCGGAAAAGGCAGCCACAAGCGUGAAAGAUCUCGCACAGAGGAGCUUCCGUGUUUCUGUCGAUAUUGAUUUGAAAGCACCAGUCAUUGUCAUUCCUCAGUCCUCUCUGUCUAGCAAUGCUGUUGUGGUAGAUCUUGGGCUAAUUAGAGUUCACAAUCAGUUCAGUCUGGUGUCUGGAGAAGAUGCUGUGAAUCCUCCAGUGAUCGACAAAAUGGAGGUGCAGCUCACAAAACUGAAACUAUCUAGGACAGCAAUCCAGCCAGGCGCCUGCCAUCCUGAUAUUCAGCUGUUGCACCCAAUUAACUUGGAGUUUUUUGUAAAUCGAAAUCUAGCUGCAAAUUGGUACCAUAAAGUGCCUGUUGUAGAAAUUAAAGGGCGUCUUGAUUCAAUGAAUGUUAGUCUAAAUCAAGAUGAUCUUAAUCUUCUGUUUAGAAUACUGGCAGAAAAUCUUGGUGAAGCCACUGAAGACGUGGAUAAAGGGAAACCUAGAAUACAAGAGAUAGGUAGAACUAAAGCAUUUGGAGAAGUCUCUACGCCGCAGGGUGUGCACACCACACAAGGUGUGCCAGUCACCAGAGUGGAAGAGGCCAGACCUGUGGACGUCAUUAAUGUACUGUUGAAGUUUGAAAUUAAAGAGGUUGUGGUUACAUUGAUGAAAAAAGCAGAAAAGAAAGGAAGCCCCUUACAUGAACUAAAGAUCCUGCAUCUUGGGAUGGAAGCUAAAGUAAAAGCCCAUGACAUGACUGCUGAAGCAUACCUAAGAAAAAUUACCAUGCGGUGUUUCGACUUCCCUGAUUCUAAAGGCGAGCCUCUGCACAUUGUCAACACCUCUGAUGUGUCUGAUGGAACCCUCCUGAAAAUGCUGUUCAUCAAGGCAGACAGUGAUGGACCAGACUUUAAGACCAUUCAUAAUAACACCAAACAGAAGCUGAAGAUUUCGUUUUCAUCCUUGGACUUGGUGCUUCAUUUGGAAGCUUUACUUUCCUUCAUGGAUUUUUUGUCAUCUGCUGUUCCAUCCUCUGACUCCUCCUCCUCUGAGAAGGAAUCUGAGCUAAAGCCACUUGCUGGGGAAUCCAGAAGUCUUGCCAUCAAAGCCGUGCCCAGCUCUUAUGAAGGUGACGUGUUUGAUUUGAAGGUCACAGCUGAAUUAAAUGCCUUUAACAUCUUCAUUUGUGAUCAGAAGAGUAACAUAGCAGAAAUUAAAAUACAUGGAAUGGAUGCCUCUAUUUCUGUGAAGUCGAAGCAGUCCGAUGUGUUUGCCAGACUUAGGAAUAUCAUAGUUAUGAAUGUUGAUUCACUGUCCAUUCACAAAAAGGCUGUCUCUAUUUUGGGAGAUGAAGUCUUCCGGUUCCAGAUGAGUCUAUAUCCAGAUGCCACAGAAGGAGAGAAUUAUGGAGACAUGUCUAAAGUGGAUGGCAGACUUAGUCUCAAAGUGGGCUGUAUUCAGAUUGUCUAUGUUCAUAAAUUCUUUAUGUCUCUCUUGAGCUUCCUCAACAAUUUCCAAGCUGCUAAGGAAGCCUUGAGCACAGCCACAGUCCAGGCUGCAGAGAGAGCAGCAUCCAGUGUGAAGGACCUGGCCCAGAAGAGCUUCCGUCUCCUGAUGGACAUCGACUUGAAAGCACCUGUCAUCACGAUUCCCCAGUCUUCUGUGUCACCUAAUGUCAUUAUAGCAGAUCUAGGCUUGAUUAGAGUUGAGAAUACGUUUAGCUUAGUUUCUGUGCAGCAGCUCGCUCUGCCCCCAGUGGCCGACAAGAUGAGCAUCCAGCUUACUCAGCUGAAGCUGUCCAGAACUGUUUUACUGGCUGACUCACCUCAGCAUGACAUUGAAAUCUUAAAACCAGUGAACAUGCUUCUGUCCAUACAGCGGAAUUUGUCGGCAGCAUGGUACACACAGAUUCCAGGCAUGGAGAUAAAAGGAAAACUUAAGCCUAUGCAGGUUGCUCUCAGUCAAGAUGACUUAACAGUUUUAAUGAAAAUUUUACUGGAAAACCUUGGGGAAGCUUCUUCACAACCAAGCCCUACACAGUAUGCACAGGAGGCUGUAAGAGUGAAGAGAGAUACUCGGAGUGGGCCUGACUAUCUUAAAGAACAAGAGCUGAUGGACCCAAAGCCUCCUGGGGACCAGACUGUCACUCUUCAGUUUGAUUUCCACUUUGACUCUCUUUCCGUCAUCCUUUACAACAGUGAUAGCUGCCAGGGGUCCAGGCUUUCAUUUCAUAAUGACAGUCUCCGUCUGGGUGAGCUCACACUACACCUGAUGGCUUCUGCUGGGAAGAUGUUCAAGGAUGGAUCUAUGAAUGUCAGCCUUAAACUUAAGACGUGCACUCUUGACGAUCUUCGAGAAGGAAUUGAGAGAGCGACAUCCAGGAUGAUUGACAAAAAGAAUGACCAGGACAGCAACAGUUCUAUGAUUGAUGUGAGUUAUAGCCAAGAUAAAAAUGGAAGCCAGAUCGAUGCUGUCCUUAACAAGCUGUAUGUGUGUGCCAGUGUGGAGUUUCUGAUGACCGUGGCUGAUUUCUUCAUCAAAGCUAUGCCUCAGAGUCCAGAAGACAUUGCCAAAGAGAUACAGAUUCCAUCAAGACAGACUGCCGCUGGAAGAGUCAAGAUGGAGAAAGAUGACUCUGUGAGGCCAAAUAUGACUCUGAAGGCCAUGAUCACUGACCCAGAAGUGGUGUUUGUUGCCAACCUGACUAAGGCGGAUGCUCCUGCUCUCAUGGCCUCAUUCCAGUGCAACCUCUCCCUCUCAACGUCCAAACUAGAGCAGAUGAUGGAAGCUUCCGUCAGAGACCUGAAAGUGCUUGCGUGCCCUUUCCUCAGAGAAAGGAGAGGGAAGAGCAUCACCACGGUGUUACAACCCUGCUCUCUAUUUAUGGAAAAGUGCACAUGGGCUUCAAGGAAACAAAACAUAAAUAUUGUGGUUAAGGAAUUUGUAAUUAAGAUCUCACCUAUAAUCCUUAAUACUGUGAUGACAAUCAUGGCUGCUAUGUCUCCAAAGACCAAAGAAGAUGAAUGGAAAGACACUGCUAAGGAGACAGACAAUCUCUGGGCUGUCAAAUCUAUUACUGAUUAUAACUGCUGGUUCCUCGGGGUUGACAUGGCAACAGAAGUAACAGAGAAUUUCAGAGACUUUGAACAUCCACUGAUAGAAGAAAAUUGUGUGGUUGCUGUGGAGUCAGUUCAAGUCACCUUAGAAUGUGGCCUUGGGCAUCGCACUGUGCCCCUGUUAUUGGCAGAGUCCAAGUUCUCUGGAAAUAUUAAAAACUGGACUUCUCUAAUGGCGGCUGCUGCUGACAUGACACUAGAGGUUCACUAUUAUAAUGAAACCCAUGCCGUCUGGGAGCCACUGAUUGAGAGAGUGGAGGGGAAGAAACCAUGGAGUUUAAAGCUCAGUGUAAAGAAGAACCCGAUCCAGGAUAAAAGUUUGAUGCCAGGAGAUGACUUUAUUCCUGAGCCACAAACAGCAGUUCAUAUUUCUUCAGGAGCUACGAUGAAUAUCACAAUAUCCAAAAGUUGUCUUAAUGUUUUCAACAAUUUAGCAAAAGGUUUCUCUGAGGGAGCAGCUUCCACUUUUGACUACUCUCUGAAAGAUAGGGCUCCUUUUACAGUCAAAAAUGCCCUGGGUGUUCCCAUGAAGGUGCAGCCCAAUCGUAACCUCAGGGUGAUGGGUUCCCCUGAGAAGAGUGACAUUUAUGAUGUGGGCUCUGGUCAGCAUUUGGAGCUGGAAUAUUCCAGCCUGGAACCUUCACGUCAAGGGAAGUUGUCCAUCCUGAGCCGGCAGGAGAGCACUUUCUUUACACUGACCUUUGUACCAUAUGGUUAUACAGAAGUAGCUAGUGUUCCUGUUGCCAGGCCUGGCCGGCGACUGUAUAAUGUACGGAAUCCCAGUGCCAGCCAUUCGGAUUCCGUGUUGGUGCAGAUUGAUGCAACAGAAGGCAAUAAGGUCGUCACUCUCCGCUCACCUCUGCAGAUUAAAAACCACUUCUCGAUAGCAUUUAUCAUCUACAAAUUUGUCAAGAAUGUUAAGAUGUUGGAGCGCAUUGGAGUAGCCAGACCUGAGGAAGAGUUCCAUGUCCCUUUGGAUUCCUAUAGAUGCCAGUUGUAUGUUCAGCCGGCUGGCAUCUUAGAGCAGCACUAUACACAGUCAACCACGUACAUUUCCUGGAAGGAAGAGCUUCACCGCAGCACAGAGGUCAGGUGCGUGUUGCAGUGCCCUGCAGUAGAAGUCAGCUUCUUACCGCUCAUCGUAAACACGGUCGCUGUGCCCGAUGAGCUGAGCUACAUCAGUGCCCAUGGGGAAGACUGGGACCCAGCCUACGUUAUUCAUCUUUACCCUCCUCUCACCUUGCGGAACCUUCUCCCGUAUUCACUGAGAUACUUACUUGAGGGAACUGCAGAAACCCGUGAGCUGACAGAAGGCAGCUCUGCAGAUGUUCUGCACUCACGAAUCAGCGGCGAGAUCAUAGAGUUAGAACUGGUGAAAUACCUGGGCAAGAACUGGAAUGGACACUUCCGAAUUUGUGACACACUUCCCGAGUUCUUCCUCGUGUGCUUUUCCUCAGACACCGCGGAAGUGAUGACAGUUGACUUGUCAGUUCAUGUCAGGCGAAUUGGCUGCCGAAUGGAGCUGUCUGUCUUUAGUCCCUAUUGGCUAAUCAACAAAACUUCUCGAGUUCUCCAGUAUCGCUCUGAGGAGAUACAUGUUAAACACCCAGCUGAUUUCAGGGAUAUCAUUUUAUUCUCUUUCAAGAAGAAGAACAUUUUUACUAAAAACAAGGUACAGUUAAAAAUUUCAACUAGUGCCUGGUCCAAUGGUUUCUCACUGGACACCGUGGGAAGUUACGGGUGUGUGAAGUGCCCUGCCACCAACAUGGAAUACCUGGUUGGGGUUAGCAUCAAGAUGAGCAGCUUUAAUCUCUCACGGAUAGUCACUCUGACUCCCUUCUGCACUAUUGCAAACAAGUCCUCUUUAGAACUCGAAGUUGGAGAAAUUGCCUCAGAUGGUUCCAUACCAACCAACAAAUGGCACUACGUUGCUUCUUCAGAGUGCAUUCCAUUUUGGCCUGAAAAUUUGUCUGGCAAACUUUGUGUGAGAGUGGUGGGCUAUGAAGGCUCUUCCAGGCCAUUCUUUUAUAACCGACAAGACAAUGGCACCUUAUUGAGCUUAGAAGAUCUGAAUGGAGGUAUCUUAGUGGAUAUAAACACUGCUGAACACUCAACUGUCAUAACCUUCUCUGACUAUCACAAGGGAUCUGCACCUGCUCUGAUAAUGAACCACACACAGUGGGAUGUCCUCACAUAUAAACAGAGUGGGUCAAAGGAGGAACUAGUACUGCUGCCAGGAGAAACUCGUCUCUUUGCCUGGGCAGAUCCCACUGGCACCAGGAAACUCACUUGGAGCUAUGCAGCUAACUUUGGGGAGCAUGAUCUCUUAAAGGAUGAGUGUGGUCAGUUUCCAUAUGAUGCAAACAUCCAGAUACACUGGGUGUCCUUCCUUGACGGGCGCCAGAGGGUUCUGCUUUUCACAGAUGAUGUUGCUUUGGUUUCCAAAGCACUCCAAGCCGAAGAAAUGGAACAGGCUGAUCACGAAGUAGCCUUGUCGCUCCACAGCCUGGGGCUCUCUCUGGUUAACAACGAAAACAAGCAGGAAGUCUCAUAUGUUGGAAUCACCAGCUCAGGUGUUGUUUGGGAGAUGAAGCCAAAACAAAAAUGGAAGCCAUUUAGUCAGAAGCAGAUAAUGUUGCUGGAGCAGUCUUACCAGAAGCAUCUUACAUCACAAGACCGUGGCUGGAUUAAGCUGGACAGUAAUUUUGAGGUCAAUUUUGACAAAGUUCCGAUGGAAAUGCGCCUUCCUAUCCGGUGCCCUAUUAAACGGGACUUCUUGUCUGGAAUUGAGGUUGAGUUUAAGCAGUCUCCUCACCAGAGAAGCCUCAGGGCCCGGUUGUACUGGCUUCAGAUCGAUAGUCAGUUACCAGGUACAAUGUUUCCAGUUGUCUUUCAUCCCGUGGCUCCUCCUAAAUCCAUUGCUUUGGAUUCAGAACCCAAGCCUUUCAUCGAUGUGAGUGUAAUUACGAGGUUCAAUGAAUACAGUAAAGUCUUACAGUUCAAGUAUUUUAUGGUUCUCAUCCAGGAAAUGGCCUUAAAGGUUGAUCAGGGAUUCCUUGGAGCUGUUAUUGCCCUGUUUACCCCCACAAGUGAUCCUGAGGCUGAAAGAAAGCGGACAAAGUUAAUCCAACAAGAUAUUGAUGCUCUCAACACAGAGUUGAUGGAGUCUUCAAUGACUGAUAUGUCAAUCCUGAGUUUUUUUGAACAUUUCCACAUUUCCCCUGUUAAGUUGCAUUUGAGUCUGUCUUUGGGAUCUGGAGGUGAGGAAUCAGACAAAGAGAAACAAGAAAUGAUUGCAAUUCAUUCUGUGAACCUACUGCUGAAAAGCAUAGGUGCUACUCUGACAGAUGUGGAUGACCUCAUAUUCAAUAACCUAUGGAAUUUGGCAGGUGGUGCAGCGGGAGUCGUAUCUCGAAUUACUGGUUCUGUUGGAAAAGGCCUGGCAGCAAUUACAAUGGACAAAGAAUAUCAGCAGAAGAGGAGAGAGGAGAUGGGCCGACAGCCUAAAGAUUUUGGAGACAGUCUUGCCAGAGGAGGGAAGGGCUUCCUGCGUGGUGUCGUAGGUGGAGUGACUGGAAUAAUAACAAAGCCUGUGGAAGGUGCCAAGAAGGAGGGCGCUGCCGGCUUCUUUAAAGGAAUUGGAAAAGGGCUUGUGGGUGCCGUGGCACGUCCAACUGGCGGGAUCAUAGAUAUGGCUAGCAGCACCUUCCAAGGCAUUCAAAGGGUAGCAGAAUCUACUGAGGAGGUGUCCAGCCUCCGCCCACCUCGCCUGAUCCACGAAGAUGGUAUCAUCCGUCCAUAUGACAGGCAGGAAUCUGAGGGCUCUGACCUACUAGAGAAUCAUAUCAAGAAGUUAGAAGAUGAGGCCUACCAGUUCCACUGUGCGGUUCCUGGAAACAAGAGGGCUGUCCUUAUGAUUACAAACAGGCGAGUACUGUUUAUAAAGGAAGUUGAAAUCCUAGGCCAUAUGUCUGUGGACUGGCAGUGUCUGUUUGAAGAUUUUGUGUGUCCUCCUGAAGUCAGUGAAAAUCUGCUGAAGAUUUCAGUUAAGGAGCAGGGGCUGUUCCACAAAAAAGACAGUGCCAAUGUAGGCUAUCUUCGGAAAAUUUACCUGAAGGAUCCUAUCACAGCCAAGAGAGCCUUUGAUGCCAUUAAGAGUGCACAGUCAGCAAGGCAGCAGCAGAAGCUGAUGAGGCAGUCUUCGGUGAAGCUCCUCAGGCCCCAGGUUCCAUCUUGACCGUGGAUUUUACAAGUCUUCUGAGAGGGAAGCAGCCGUUUCAGAAGUCCUGCUAAAGAGAACAUUUGCAGCAAUUCCUUAGUUUGUUUUUUUUUUCCUUUCUUUUUUGACUCUUAAUUUUGAGUCUUGGUUUUGCAAUUCUGCAUAUAUUAGGAGUCUACUGCUACACAUGUAGGUCAGACCUCAAAGAAAUACCACUUUGGCUCAGAGAGACUUGCUCAUUAAUAUUAAAAUUGUGAAGCAAAGAGUGGUGAGCUUGUUUUUAAUUAGUCUUUAAAGGAGAUUUUAAAAUGAAUAGUGUUCUUUGAAAUGUUUUAGUCAUAUAAAUAGUGGACACUCUGACAUUUGUUUAAAGGUAAUUUGUGCAAUAAUUGAACUAAGAGAACACUUUUGGUAAACCAGUCGAUUGACUGAAGAAAUGCACCUAAAGAAGAGACAGCAUGUUUUCUAUGUUCUUUUUUUAUAAAAAUGUUAUUUUUCUUCUAAUA